AUGGCUUGGGGAUACUGGUCCGCGUCUUCCGUGCUUCCGGACAGAGGGCGGAGCCCCCGUCGCGCCGGGACCUCCGUCGCGCAUUCACAUCCGAAUCCGCCGACCGCGAGGGACGUGAUGGAGGCGCCCGACGAGAGUAUCAUCCACACCGCGUCGACGUCGCGGGAUAGCCGGGAUCAUUCGGCGUCUCCCCACUCGUCUUCCAACGGCGGCCACUCUCAUCACCACGAAGUGCGACACGCGGUCCCCGCCAGUGCGUUGUUCGGUGAAAGUUACGGGGAACUGUCUCGACGACCGUCCCUCGACCUGGGGUCCGUGAGGAGCGCGUUGGCGUCGUGCUCCGGCGGGGGGACGUUGAGCGCGGGAUCGACGCUGACGCGCGGGGGCACACUGGCCGACUAUUUGCCGCCGGCGCCGUGUCCGCACCACCACCGCGUGUACGUGGACCACCACAAGCACUACGAGCAGCCCAUUCAGCCCGUGCACGUCGGGGUGACCCACCACUCCCACUCGCACUCGCACGCCUCCAGUCGCCAUCACACGGACGACGAAGACGACUUGGAGCCGGCCUACGCUACAGGUACAAAAGAAAGUCUCUUUUCUUUCUUCCACUAG